AUUAUCCCAGAUGCACCGGGUAUAAAAGGGCACUGCAGCUGGGGAGGUCAGGUUAUUCGGAGAGAGAUCAUGGAUCGAAGAGUGACAGCUAUUUCGUUGGUUAUCCUGCCGCUGCUGGGGAGCGCCUUGUGCUUCCAGGACAAGGCUCCGGUGCAGUCGAGCCUGAGCGCCGGACAGGCCAGGACGGACAAGCAGCAGCAGGUGCUGGACGAUCCGCUGGGCAGCGGACGCGGCAUCGACGAGCACCUGCUGAAGACCAUUGGUAAGGGCGGCAUCAAGCUGGUGAUGGCCUCGGGCGCCCCGACGACCACCCCGAAACCGUCAGUACAACACCAUUACUAUUAUCCACCAGAGGAUCAGCAGCACCCGCGGCAGUACGGCUACGGUCCUCCGCCUCCCUGGUCGCCAGCUCCUCCCCCUCCCCCUCCCCCAGUCUACCCGCAGCGUCCUUGGGUGCCACCACCACCUCCGGGACCAGGACCUCCGCCUCCUCCCCCGGCCCAGCCACCCUACUACAAUCCCUACUACAAUGGCUACAACUACUACGGCGGCUAUGGCGCCUAUGGAUAUGGACCCUAUGGCUAUCCCGGCUAUGGCGGCUACCCUGGCUAUCCCUACUAUCCCUACUACCGCUCCGCGGCCGGAGGCGCUGAGGUGGACAACCAACUGACUGCUCCCGAGGGCCUGACGCCCUCCGGCGUUCCCGGCGUGUUCCAGGCCAGGGCCACCCUGCUCUCCGCCCAACCGAACUUCCUCGAGGGCAGGAACAGCGCCAGCAUUGUGCCAUUGUAUCACCUGCUGCAGAUGGCCAGGGCCUAGGGUUGAAUACGGAGCAGAUGCGAACGAAUCCCUGAAUAAAUGAAGUAAUAGAUA